AUGAUGGUAAAAUCUAGCCCAAAUGAUUGUAGUGUUUCAAGUAAUCAUUCUUUAUUGCAGGGCAUUGUUGAUGUUCUCUGUGAGGCCUGUGAACAAUUAAAAUGGAAAGCUCCAACAAAGAUCCAGAGAGAAGCUCUUCCAGUUGCUUUGCAAGGUUCAGAUGUCAUUGGAUUAGCAGAGACUGGUUCAGGAAAAACAGGAGCAUUUGCCUUACCAAUUUUACAGACCCUUCUUGAUAACCCCCAGAGACUCUAUGCUCUUGUCCUUACUCCUACAAGAGAGCUGGCUUUCCAAAUUUCUGAACAGUUCGAGGCUCUUGGGGCAUCAAUUGGAAUCAAAUGUGCUGUGAUUGUUGGGGGAAUUGAUAUGAUGACACAAGCUUUAAUGCUGGCUAAAAAACCUCAUGUUGUCAUAGCAACCCCAGGAAGAUUAGUUGACCACCUAGAAAAUACAAAGGGAUUCAACUUAAGGUCUCUCAAAUAUUUGGUCAUGGACGAAGCUGAUAGAAUUCUCAAUAUGGAUUUUGAACAAGAGGUUGAUAAAAUCCUGAAAGUUAUACCAAGAGAGAGAAGAACUCUGCUAUUUUCUGCCACAAUGACAAAAAAGGUUGCAAAAUUACAAAGGGCAUCUCUGCAGAACCCAGUGAGAGUUGAAGUAUCAUCAAAAUACCAAACAGUGGACAAACUGCAACAGUACUACCUAUUUAUACCUGUGAAAUUCAAGGAUGUCUACUUGGUGUAUAUUUUGAAUGAGUUGGCUGGUAACUCCUUCAUGGUGUUCUGUAGUACCUGUGCUAACACACAGAGAGUGGCACUAAUGUUACGGAACCUGGGACUUACUGCAAUUCCACUACAUGGACAAAUGAGCCAGUCAAAAAGACUUGGAGCUUUGAAUAAAUUCAAGAGUAAAAACAGAUCCAUUCUUAUUGCCACAGAUGUAGCAAGCAGAGGUCUUGACAUACCACAUGUGGAUGUUGUUUUGAACCUUGACAUCCCAACACAUUCUAAAGAUUACAUUCACCGAGUGGGCAGGACAGCUAGAGCUGGGCGUUCAGGGGUAGCCAUCACCUUUGUUUCACAGUAUGAUGUAGAGCUGUAUCAGAGAAUAGAGCACCUGAUCGGUAAGAAGCUGCCGCUGUAUAAAACAGAGGAAGAGGAAGUGAUGCAACUGAUGGAGCGAGUGACGGAGGCACAGAGAUUCGCCAAAAUGGAAAUGAAUGAGACAGAACGAGGAAGAAAGAAGCGUAAGAAUGACGACGAAGAAGCUGACGACACAGAGGAAGCCCUGGGAGUAUUACCUGAUAUUCCUGAUGAUACGCCUGAGACAAAUCCAUUAUUAAGAUACCAUGAAAUGCCAGAUUUUAGUAUACCACCAGACAAAAUUAUCACAGGGGCAGCAAAGCUUUCCCAGGAUUUUGAUAUGACAUUUCAAAGCCAUUUAAAAGAUCUACAAGAAUCUGAGGAAAUUCCUACCUUUGAAUCUGUUUUACAUCCAGUAGAAAAGGCUCGUGUACCAUUAUAUUACAGUUUAUACACAGGAAAACAGCUGGGUGUAGGAAAAACUGGAAAAUAUUACGAUGCUUUUUUGAAGACAACAGACAUUGCUGGACGAAUAGAGUCCGAGAGGUGGUAUGGGCAAAGUCUGUACAAAGCAUUGCUGAGUGUUCGCAACAAUGGAAAUCUCACAGAGGCCCAGUCCAGGUUACUUGACCUAUACAUUCAUGAAUUCAUUAGAAAUGGAGCAGAGCUGAAAGAUUCCCAAAAGAAGGGGCUUUCAACAAUUACAAAGAAGAUCUUACACAAACAAGAUAAAUACAGACUGAACCUUGACAAUGCCCUUAGUACCUCCAUGCAGAAGGUUGACGAGUCCUUUGUCCAGGGAAUACCACUUAAUGUUCUCCAGUACAUGGUGCCACCAGGCUCUGAUCCCAGAAAAGGACCAUGGAGGAUUGUUCAUCAUCCAGUUGUCUAUGAUGGAAUAUUGAGAUACUGUCGACUUGGUUCUCUGCGGAAAGAGGUGUGGAUUAAAAUGGUCAGCAUGGCUGGUAGUGAGAUGAUGGAAAAACGCUCCAGUAACGUGCAAGCAAUUCACGGAAUUGUCCAAAACAGGCAUCUUUUGGCCACAAAGCUAGGAUUUAAAAGUUAUGUGGAUAUGGUGUUAGAGAGAACAAUGGCAGGCAGUAUGGACAAUAUUGUCAGUGUGCUGGACAUGAUGAAGAAUAAGCUGUAUGAUAUUGUGAAGAACGAUAUAGAAAUACUGCAUUUUAAAAGUUUGGAUCAGUUUUCAGAAUUCUUUCCCUAUACCAAAGUCAGAGACAACUUCUUUCAAUUGUGUACCAAGCUAUUUGGCACAGUUGCAGGAACAAUUUAUAUAGAUCCUUUUGCAAGAAAUCAUAAAGUGGACCACACGUACUACGAGAUGGGAAGAGACAGAAGCACUGUUGUUGAUACUACACCCUUGGUUUAUGCUUCCCUAAGAAACCCCCCUCCCUUUGAUCAAAGCAGUCCAAGUCUGUUGAAUAUAGGAGAUCUGUACAGUUUCAUCAUGACAAUGGGCUGUGUCCUCCAGUGUGUUCUAUCUAAGGCCCCUUACAGCGAGUUAUCUGGGGACAGGUUUAUGGAGCCAGAUGCCCAGUACAUUGUGCCUUACACUCUGUGGAAUCUGGUGUACUGUCCAGAAGUGUUCAGCUCUCUCAGUAGUCACCAUGCAACUGGUGAAAAGAUCCCAACUGAACUGUUAGACAGAAUGAUUACAUCACAACAUCACAUGCAGUCAAUUGAUGUUCUGAAUGAAGUUUUCAAGAGUGCCCUGGAUUUGGAAUUUUAUCUGGAGGAAACCAGGGGCACUUUCAUUAAAACCCCUGAAUCUACCCCUGAUCAGUACAGAAGACUGUACAAAGAGUUCAUCCCUAUGCCGCUCCAUCCCAAAGAUGAGAGAUUCUGUACAUUUAAUGACAUCUUCAUAGGGAAUAAGAGCUGCCUAUACUAUGCUGAUACGUGGGCCAAGAUGGUAGCAGCUGAUGCAGUCUCAGCUUUCAAAGAUGUUAUUGGUGAUGACGAAAAAUUAGCCAUUGUUGGGAGAAGAUUUAGGGACACUUAUUUAAGAAUGGGAGCAGCAGUUGAUCCUAAGACUGUAUUCAGAACUUUCAUGGGAAGAGAUCCUACUCCCGAGCCAUUUUUGUCCAAGUUCAGAGAAGAAAAAUUGAUCACAACAGAGGAAUGAUAUAAAUUCAGUUUUUGGUUUCUGUGAUAUUUCAUUGACCCACUAUUAAGCUAAGCAUAUCAGACCUAAGCCUGUCUGUCUGACUGAACAAACAUCAAUUUGUAUGUUUGAAGCUUGUAUCAAUAAAAUGCUGAAGAUGUGUGAGAAACAAACUACAUGUACUUGAUGUAUAGUUCUAACAUUUGUUGUAAUAUUAUGCACAGUAAGUUAUGAAUGAUAAAUAAAGAUGUGCAUUAAG